GCAGCUGAACCGUCGUCGAUCAUACAGUUCACAUAUGCAUCGAUAUACGUGCGCGUAUGAAGAUGAAUUCGUUAUUUCGGACGAUGGAAUAUCGCGAAAGAUGAAUGAAUUGUCGGGUAAAUCCUCUUCCCCGAAUGACACAUGCGAUCGCGAAUUAAGUCUUCCUCGUUGAUCCAGCAUCCGACAUCUGCAAGAAACAAAAGGACAGCGCGCGGCGCAAAAACGCUUUGUGCGGUUAUUUUUACAACGAAAUCGCUAUACUUUGGCGUGCAACGCUCUUAAAAUAGAGUACGACGGUGACGGCGUAUUUUUCGCAAGGAGCCCAACAAAGAGCGAGGAACAUGACUUUUGAGGUUACCGCGAUUCACGGUGAUAUCAGCUGAUUCGCGAAUAUUCGUUUUUACGAGCUUGGGCAGCUCGGCUGAAGGAAUCUUUCACGAGGAUGGACACCGCGUGCGAAAUAAUAGACGAGCCCCAGCAAUCGCUGGUCAAGCGGAUUUAUUAUUCCGCGAGGGACGGGAUGGCAAUCGCUCUUUAUACCUUGCUGAGCGAUAAAUCCGACGCCGAUGUCAAUUAUCUGAUCAAUCAGAAAGUCCUAGAAGACGAAGGACAAAGGUGUACUCCUUUAAUAGUUGCCGCACGUUACGGGCACAAUAAGGUAGUUAGAAUGUUACUUGACAAGUUCAAACCUGAUUUAGAACAAGAAGGUACAGUCAAAUUUAAUGGAUAUGUUAUUGAGGGAGCUAGUGCACUUUGGGCCGCAGCAGGUGCAGGACAUUUAAGUGUUCUUAAAACUCUUGUAAAAGCAGGCGCAAACGUUAACCAUCCAACGAAAACUAAUUCUACCCCACUUCGAGCGGCAUGUUUUAAUGGACGUUUGGAUAUUGUUAAAUACUUGAUUGAUCAUCGGGCGGACAUAAAUAUUCCCAAUACGUUCAACAACACUUGCCUUAUGAUAGCAUCAUACAAAGGACAUCUUGAUAUUGUUAAUUUUUUAUUAGACAAAGGGGCAGAUCCUAACAAGAAGGCAUUUUGUGGGGCAACGGCAUUGCAUUUUGCUGCUGAAUGCGGACAUAGUAACAUUGUUUGUGAAUUAUUAAAGUAUGGAACGAAAAUGACAAAAAAUGUAAGUGGCAUGACACCUUUAAUAACGGCAGCUGAGCGAACGCGCGCGGAAGUCGUUGAAUAUCUAGUACAAAGAGAAGAAGUGACAAAGGAGGAAAUAAUAGAUGCUUAUGAAUUACUCGGAGCAUCUUAUGCUAAUGAUAAAGAUAAUUAUUGUCUAACUAAGGCGUACAAGUACCUGUAUAAAGCAAUGGAGUUAAGGUAUAGUGAUACUAAUAAUAUUGUAUAUAAGCAACUAGGUCCAACUGUAAAAGCAUAUGAGAACUGGAGGGAAUGUGAAACACUCGAGAGAUUAGAAAGCAUCAAAGACAAUCCCAAUGCCAUACAUAUGGAAUCGCUUGUUAUUCGGGAAAGAAUUUUAGGUCUCCAUAAUCCAGAACUGCCGCAUCCUAUAGUAUUCAGAGGCGCUAUAUUUGCAGACAAUGCUAGAUUUGAUAGAUGUAUAGACUUGUGGUUGCAUGCUUUGAAACUGAGACAGCUCAAUGAUAUAUCUAUUGUGACAGAUCUUCUUCGAUUUGCACAAGUCUUUUCGCAAAUGAUACAUGUAGGCGUCGAUUUAGAUUUUUCUCAAGUGAUUAAUGUAUUGGAGGCAAGCAUAACAGAAUUGAAUAGAAACAAAAUUAAAAUUCAAAAUCCAGAUCCCAAGGAUGACAUUGAUCAAUGUGUUGAAGAAAUGGAAUCAAAUAUUACAACGACUCUAUACAUUCUAACGAUUUUGACGAAACUUAUGACGCUUAAUGGAAACAGAUGCGAUGAGUCGGAUUUGAGACAGGCAUAUCACUUGGUGCACAAAUUAUGCGCGUUGCAGAUGUGUCUGAAAGACGGGCAGACCCUAUUACAUCUUGCUGUGAAUGCUGAAACUCCCGUCGACGAUUUUCAUACGAAUGAUGUCUGCAAAUUUCCAUGCGCGGCUACGGCGAAAUUAUUGAUUCGUUGCGGUGCUGAUGUAAACGCAAUGGAUAAUGAAAGAAACACACCGCUCCAUGUUAUCGUUAGUUACAACAAAGCCAUCAGCGAUUUUGCGACUUUACAUUCGAUUAUAAUAGACCUUAUAGAAGCUGGAGCACAUAUGGAUACUGUAAAUAAUGGGGGACGAACACCGUACGAUGUAGUCACCACAGGUGUAGCUAAAAUAAUAUUACGAACUCAAACCAAAUUAUCGUUAACAUGUAUGGCUGCCAAGGCAAUCAAAGCUUACAAUCUGCCCUAUUAUGGUCACGUUCCACGUUCGUUGGAAAGUUUUAUAGAGCUGCACGGACCCGGGCUGAAUCAGAGCUGACGAGUCUUCGACAUCAUAACGAAGAGAAUCGAGGUUUCCUCGUAUAGAAAGUAUACACAAUAUUUUACAAUAUUCUUGUACAAAGUACAAUCGAUUUUCUCUAUUCUAUGACUUUCCCUCAAUAUUUAUUCUUAUUCUAAUAACAAAUCCGCAAAAUGAAAAUAUUCUCAAUGUUUUUCGCUCGUUUCUUUACUCUGAUGUGAUUCCGAGUAUAAAUUGUAAGAGAGCAAUGCAAGGGGAGGAUUCUAAUUUAGAGAAAAAGAACAAUCGGCCUAGUAAAGAGAAAUCUAAGGUGAAGGGUCGCAGAAUAGAGACAAUGGACUAUAACGCUAAAUAUAUACCUAAUGUUUUGAAGCUUUAUAUAUAUCAUAUAGCUUUAUAUAUUAUAUGUAAUAUGAAAUAUGUAAAAUCGAAAUUCUACAGAUGUCUUGGGAAAGACAUUCUUUCUCUCUUUCUAAUGUGGGAUUUAUAUAUAUACAUCGUUUAUAAAAAAAAUUGAAUAAGAAUUAUCACGCAAUUUGUGAAAGUUGUCCUUUUGCAAUAUGUGUGUGUUGAUAUUAUGUUAAAAUUAUCUUUUUAUAUUAAAUGUAUUAUAGAAAUGCGGCAAAUAGUUACAUAAAAUAUUCGAAUAAGUAGCGGGCAUUGUGCAUUAAAAUUUUGCUCUCUCGUUUUUGCUAACUUUAACUGUGAUAAUUAUAAUUCUUAAAUCAAACUGAAUAAACAUACAGCUUGGAAGCUACGGUCAGUUCUUGCAUGAAUUUUCUCGCGUGUUUGCGCUCAAUUCAAUUUUGUAUAUAAUCGCUCAGUUAGAAAAUAUGCCACAAGACAAUCUGAGAUAAGUAUAAAAUGUAUACAUCCGUGUGUGGUUGCCGUAUUAUAAAUUUAUUUAGUUUAUUUACACACGUAUUCUCUGCAUACAACUGUGAAACGCUAGGAAAAUCAUGGUAAAAUAUAUAAGAAUAUACAUACGCACAAAAAAUACUCUUUACAUAUUAUUUACACAAUGUUUACAGAUUCUCGUU